AUGAAGUUCUUUGCCUCUCUUUUGGCCGUUGCCCCUCUGGCUACUUCCGUCAUGUCCCUAGCUGUUGACAAACUCGACACCCGUCAGAACUCUUGCAUCGGCGCAACUUACCCUGUGUUGAGCGUCAACCAUCUCGAUCGGAAGGAAUUCCAGGGCGAGAUCGAUCAGCGCGGCUCCCUUGGAUGGCUUGCGACCCCGGAUGUCAGUGUUAUAUUUGACUUCGGCGCUACCACACCGGCCAAUCCCCAGUUGAACUUCAGGAUUCUCAACAAAAAUUCAGCUACUUGGAAGGCCGUAAUCCUCAGCAACUAUGUGGACACCAUAACGACCCCGGCUAGGGAGACCGUUCGCAUUUCGAUUGACGCUGCUAGGAAGGUCGGGACCGACUCUAUUCCGACUAUCCUGGAUGGAUGCGUCCAACUCCCUCGCUUGGAUGGUACUUGGUAUGUGCAGAUGGAGUCCUAG